AUGUCGGAUCCAUCCACGAAACGACGCAGGCUCAAUGGCCCGGCCACUGAUCGAGAGACCAGUCCUGGCUCUUCAAGUGCAGACAACUAUCAGGAUAGCAAAGCCCCAGACUCUUCGAAUCAACACAAACAAUCAAAACCUCAAAAUGGAACGAACUCCGCAAACCGCUUUGCAGAAGUGGGAAGAGCAACAGGUUUAUCCAAGUCAAGUCUCUUCAAACUUCAGACAGACGAGUUGCUUGCUGGAUUGAGGCCCGAUUAUGACAAGCUCGUCUCUACCGUUCAAGACAAUCUUCGCCGGAUCAGAGAUAUUUUGCAACAGGUCCCCGAACGAGAAUCGAAACGAGCCGACGUUGCUGCCAAAGAAUUGCGGGACAGAUAUCGCGUCUCAGUGCCCUUCCCUUGUCAUUCAUCCGGCGACCUUGCGAAGUACCACGUUUCGUUCCAGCCCCCGACCAGCAUCGAUCUUGUUGGGAGUGUCAUCUUGCGCGCCGGACUACAAGCCACCGAAACCUUCAACGUUGAUAUAGCUGUGACCAUUCCCAGCACGUUGUUCCAGCCGAAAGAUUAUCGAAACUACAAAUACUUCCAGAAACGCGCUUUCUUCAUUGCAUGCAUUGCGGCAAGCCUACGGGAAGCGAAAUUGCCAUUUUCGAUACAGUAUAACUAUCAAGACGGAGAUCUUCUACGCCCCAUUAUUGUGUUAGAACCCACAGAGAACGCUUCUGAAGACUCACCCAAGCAACCCAUCCGCAUUCGCAUAUUGACUGCUGUCGAAGAUGAGUUGUUUCCUGUCACACGAACACUCCCAUCGAGGAACAACGUUCAGACUGCGGGCGCAGAGGAUGAGCCUCAAUCCAACGAUGAAAACAAGUCAAGCCCAUACUACAACUCUGCCUUGCGUUUCGAAUCGACAGUGAUACCAUAUCAAAAAUGGUUACAGACUUCCCUAAAAAAGUAUACAUCAAUGAGAGACGCCAGUCUUCUCGGUCAAACCUGGCUUCGGCAACAUGGCUUUGCGUCCACUAUCGAAAAGGGGGGAUUUGGUAGCUUUGAGUGGAUGUUGCUUCUGGGUCUUCUUUUUGAGGGUGGCGGCGCAAACGGUAAACCUAUCUUGCUGCCGUCAUAUAGCAGCUAUCAAGUCUUCAAGGCAGCCAUGCAAUUCUUAGUUGCCCGAGACUUGAUGCAGCCUUUGUCUUUAUUCGUCAGCGAUGUUGAAUUACCCGCUGGUGGUCCGGUCUUUUUUGACGGAAAAAGAGGGUUGAACAUACUGUAUAAGAUGACCAUUGGGUCGUAUAAGCUGCUUCGUCACGAAUGUAGCCUGACACUUUCACUUCUGAAUGAAACACGCUUCGACAACUUUGAAAAGGUGUUCAUCUUUCAGAACAAUGAGCCGAUGCUCAAAUUUGACCGGCUGGUUUCUCUGACUCCGCAACAGCAAGUUGCUGAUCCCCUACUCUCAGUUUCCUACCAGAAUCACAUUUAUGAUAUUUUGGAAAGGUCGCUUGGUGACAGGGCAAAAGUCAUUUGUCUAUGGAGUGAUUCCCCAUCGCCUCAGCCACUCAAAUCGAAAUCAUUGAAUGAACCUCACUUCCAGCAGAUCUCGAUUGGCCUCAUAUUGAACCCUGAAAAUUCGAAUCGUCUCGUCGACCAUGGACCUGCAGCAGAAAUGCAAGAAGAAGCUACGGCUUUCCGAUCCUUCUGGGGUGAUAAGGCAGAAUUGAGAAGAUUCCGAGAUGGAAACAUUCUUGAGAGCUUAGUAUGGUCAGAUCAAGGGUCAGUUAUCGAUCAAAUACUGGUCUAUAGUCUUAGUCGUCAUUUGAAGAUUUCCCGCCACUCAAUCAAAUGUAUCGGAGACGAAUUCGAUGAAACGUUACAGCAGCUUGCCGGUUCAGAAAAACAGACUGCCGCCAUGUUUCAAAGCAUUCGUGAUGCAUUCCAAUCAUUGCAGUCGUCUUUCCAAAGCAUGGAUGAUCUCCCACUUCAGGUCAGACACCUUCAACCUGCAAGUCCGUUUCUGAGAAGCACUGCUGUAAUAUCAGACCCUAAAGAUAUUGGGCUUACUCCUGUGGAUAUUAACUUGCAACUUGAAAGUUCUACCAAGUGGCCAGACAAUCUAGACGCCAUUCAGAUGACCAAAGUGGCGUUUCUAUUGAGAAUCGGCGAGGCUUUGAAGGAUGAUGGAAACGUGACGUCCUUCAGGGUUGGCUUGGAAAAUGAGAGCAGACGUUUCAUAAACCGGGCUUUCCUAGACAUCGCGCAUACGACAGGAAUCCAAUUUCGAUUGAGAUUACACCACGAACGCGAAGCAACGCUACUCGAAAGGAAGUUGAAGGAAAGUGGUCUUAGUCCUCAGUACAAGGAGGACAUAGGCGCCGCUCUUUUCGAAUAUAAGAAGACCUUCAUCCACUCCCCACGUCUCACGCAGGUUGUUCAAACACUUUCCAAUCGGUAUCCAUUGUUAUCACCUACAGUUCGCUUGAUGAAACACUGGUUCAACUCCCAACUACUUCUGUCUCAUGUCACUGAGGAGUUCGUCGAGCUUCUCGCUAUCAACGUUUACGUCUCAAUUCACCCAUGGGCCUCACCAUCCAGUUUGAUGACCGGUUUCUACCGAACUCUCUCCUUACUCUCAAAAUGGAACUGGCAACAGGAGCCUCUUAUCUUAGGCAUGGGGGGACUUACGGGAGAAGACGUUAAAACCAUCGAGACCCGUUUCCUAGCCUGGCGCAACAUCGACCCUGCAAUGAAAAAAGUCUCCAUGAUCGUGGCAUCAGACCUCGACCAUGACGGGGUAACCUGGACACUUAACGAAAAGCCACCCAAAGUUGUAGCAGGCCAUAUCACGCGUUUGGCAAAAGCGGCGGUUGAAGCACUCAAACAGCAACAUGGCAAAGAAGAUAGACCAUCUCUUGAGAACUUACUUUUCAAUCCCGUCCUUUCUCCAUAUGAUUUCGUGAUCCAUCUCAACAACCCCAGCAAGAAGAGCAAGAAACACAACCAGCCGCAAUUCGCCAACCUGAAGGGACUUGUUAAUUUGGCUUCAUCUUCCGAAGCGUCCAGCCGAGACAUCACAAUGUCGUAUUUGAGUGAACUUCAAACCAUCUACGAGCAUUGCAUUCUCUUCUUCUACGGUCAUGAGGAGAAUGUCAUUGCGGGUUUAUGGAAACCAACCUCGACCACUUCAAGGCCAUUUAAUUUGAAGACGGCUUACUCUACUCGACCAGCGCACAACGGGACAGCUGAUGUGACCUUGAACAAGGAGUCAACUCUGAAUGAAAUAGCUCGACUAGGUGGAAGUCUAGUACAUAGCAUCGAGAACAAAAAUGUGUAA